AAAAGUGAUCUAACCGCGACUUGACGAGACUUUCCACAUUUCUCAAGGAUUAUAUCUACGCAUUUCCCCCAAAACCGUCUAAUAUAAAUGGAGUGGCCGCGAUUCGAGUCGGAUUCUAUGCGAUUUUGACCAUAAUCUACAUCAGCUUGCCGAUGGGAUUGUGCGUGCCGUUGCCGAGCAAGCCACCGCCACCGCCGAUCUGCAAGAUGGUGCAGAUCAUGACCUACAUCGGAUUGCGGAUUAGCAACAUCACCGAACACUACAGACUAAAGAACGACUUUGACGAGGAUUCGGCCAACUCCUGCAGCUCUGUGAACAUCCACGAGGCCUCCACCUUCAGCAACACGUCCGCGAAUUCAUACAAGUUCCUGGUGAAACUGUGGAAGGUUCACACAAGCGGCAGAGAACAAAUGAUAUUGUUCAAUCAUGGCUCUCUAAUACAGGAGAUGAACGGCUUCAUCUCAGCCCUGAAGAAUCUGAUGAAAAACCGCAACAUCCCGAUACCGGCGCACAAACCAACGACCAAUCCGGCCAAUGUGAACAUGUCCGGUUUCGAAACAAAACUCUGUGCCUACAUGGUCCUCGAGAAGUACAGGGGGUGGGUCAUCUGGACAAACCGCCAGCUGGCUUCAUGGACGUCCUUGCAAAGGGUGUCCUGUGCACGGACUAACACACCUAGCAACCUGCACGCUGACACCGCAGAGACACUUGCGACUCGGCGGUCGAAUCCAUCUGGCCAGCGCACCCACGGUGGCAGCAGCAGCAGCAGCAGAAGAAGAAGUACUCACAUGCAAUAAUUCCUGGUGCAAAUGUUGACCUAUUUAUUUUUGUUAAAGUAUUUUAUUGCCAUAUAUUUAUUUAACUAACUGCCGUUGCUUUUUUUUUUGUCUACUUGUAUUUUUAGUGUACGACAUUUUUAACUUAAAAAAAAUACUAUUAUGCCUAUGCAGUUAGUGUACAUCCAAUCCCUUUCCGCGAGCAUUGCUACUAUAUGCGCGAGUUUAUCGCAGUACGGAUUUCUAUACACUUACAGAACCCAUCGAAACUUGACGAUAACGUUUAGAUUGUAUACUUAAUGUGGUGCCUGUAUAAAAAAUCUGUGGCAUUCUGAGCGAAAGUAUGAAGCAUUAUGUUUGUAAACUGAACGUGGUGCUAACCUCGCCAAAUGCAAGAUUUAUUUUCACACACCAUACAGCACUGUGAUUCUGUGAAUGCCGACUAUUUAUUUUGUGUUAACUUAUUCUGCCAUAAUUUAUUACCUUAGAUGUAGUAUUUAAACGAAGGAAAUAAACGUUGAACCCAAAAAGCCUUCUGGAUGUCGUAAGAAAUGUAUUUACACUCUGUUGGAGGAAGUGGAGUGCAUAAAAGACAUUGUCUGUUCACGGAUAAUCGCGGAGAAGAUCUGCAAACAUAUCUUGUUUAUUGGCUUAUCUGGGAACUGCCUGAAUGGACAGUGACUCUCAUUGUGACUCUCACAAUAUCAUCUACAAAAGUCAAA